AUGUUCGCUUCACUGGGGCUGCUGUUUGCUGCCCUCUCUUUAGCAAGAUGUGUCCCUGUGCAGCAGGUACCCGACCACAGCAAAGUCCUCUUGGUGUCCUUUGAUGGCUUUCGGUGGAACUAUGACCAGGACGUAGACACCCCCAACCUCGACGCUAUGGCUGUGGAGGGGGUGAAGGCGCAGUACAUGACUCCUGCCUUUAUCACCAUCACCAGCCCAUGUCACUUCACACUGCUGACCGGGAGAUACCUGGAGAACCACGGGGUGAUUCACAACAUGUGGUUCAACACCAGCACGGGUCAGAAGCUGCCCUACCACAGUACGCAAGGCGUGGACAGCUGGUGGGACAACGGCAGCCUGCCCAUCUGGAUCACUGCUCAGAGACAGGGCUUAAAGACAGGCUCUAUCUAUUUCCCUGGAGGAAAAGCAAAAUAUCAAGGGGAAGAAGUGAAUAUGAAGUUGGUGGAGCCCCUCUUCUUCAACUACAGUAAUGAAACCAACUGGAGAGAGAACAUUGACACCGCCAUGGAAUGGUUUACGGCGAACAACCUUGACUUCAUUGCCCUCUACUUUGGUGAGCCAGACUCCACAGGACACAAGUACGGCCCCGAAUCCCCACAGAGGAAAACCAUGAUUGAGCAGGUGGACAGAACUGUUGGUUACUUAAGGCAGCGUAUCCAGAAAAGCGGCCUGGAAUCAAACCUCAACCUCAUCAUCACAUCUGACCAUGGCAUGGAGACUGUCAUAAAGAGCAACGAGAUCCACAUCAAGGCAGUAGAGAACUUCACAUUCAAAGACAUCCAGUUUGAACUCUUAGAUUAUGGACCAAAUGGACUACUGGUGCCAAAAGAAGGAAAAUUAGAGCAUGUGUAUUCAGUCCUGAAAAAUGCCCACCCAAACUUACACGUGUACAAGAAAGCAGACUUUCCAAGGAGAUUCCACUAUGCCAACCAUACCCGGAUCACCCCACUCGUGUUGUACAGCGAUCCAGGAUACGUGAUCCAUGGGAGGUACAAGGUCCAGUUCAACAAGGGGGAGCACGGCUUUGACAACGAGGCCAUGAACAUGAAAACCAUCUUCCGCGCCGUCGGACCGGCCUUCAAGCAGGGGCUGGUGGUCGAGCCGUUUGAAAGCGUCCACGUCUACGCGCUCCUCUGCGAGCUGCUGGGCAUCGCCCCCGAGCCCCACGACGGCGCCCUGGCGGCCCUGCGGCCCCUGCUGCGUUCAAGUGCUCCUCUCCCUCCUGCCAAGAAGCUGCCGGUGAUGCUGGGAAUUGCUCUCAUUCUGGGAUCCUCCGAGUUCCAGGCAACUCUAGCAGAAAUGUGUGGCAAGAUGAGGAAGGACGUGGCUCAUGAAGACAACCAGUCCCAGCCUCAGAUAAUUUCGGACCAAACCAGCCGGGACCGGCCCCUGCUCCCCGCGGCCGAGCGGCGCAGCCGAGUCCCGGUGCAGUACCGGCAGCCGCCGGGAGGUGGCUCCCGAGCCGCGCUCACGGCCCGGCGCCCCCGGGGGAGCACGGCGGGGCGGGGCGGGCGCGGGGGCCGCUCCUGGUAA